CAUGAUAUAUGCAUAGUUAUUUUUUUCGAUCUUUUUUUUUUAAAAUAUUAUAUGCUACUAACAAGUGUCGGUUCAGCACAUAACUGCCCUCAGUCUUUUAUACGUAUUCACCAAACAACUAUCAUCGUGAAAUAUGCGAAGUUCCAUAACAAAUAUAUUUUAAUUUAUAAUAUAAUUUUUUUAUAAAAUGUUUAAAAUAGGUAUAUAGUAUGUUAAAUUGUUUUUAUUGUUAAAUUAUUAUGAAGUACUAAAGUGUAAAUUUUUAUGAGUUGUAUUUGAAGAAAAUCCACAUCAACGCCAAAGUGAUUCAACAACAGUACAGUUCGUUCAUCUACAUAGGAAUAGAAAUAUGUCCAAUAUCAAUUCUUCCACAUUGAAAUUGCUGUAUGAAAAUAAUAUGCCGUUUUGGAAAAGAAAAUGCUUUAUUUUAUUAAUAUUAAUUUCAACAACUUUCCUCGGUUUAUUAACAUUUUACGCUACACGCGAUAUUUUUAAUCAAGGUAUAGAUACAAAUAUUGGUAAUAAUUUAAAUAGAACAUUACGAUCACCACUCAACGUCGAAAAUCUAUUCAAAUCAGAGAGUUUUAGCACAAUAUCUAAUGUAUCCCAACCAUAUAAUAAUAGUCAUUUUCAGGCGGUUUCAGAUAACGUCCAUAAACAAGAAAUAUCAGUCACGUGUGAAUUAAAUAACAGAUUAAAAAGUCUUAUGUAUGAAAUAAAAAGGCUUUACAACAGUUUAAAUCGAUUAGAUGUUCAGUUUAAUCGAGAUAAACGGGGUCUUCGUGAAGAAACGACGAUUGUUGAUUGUGUAGAAAUGAAGGGCAAAUUCAAUAAAAUCUACGAGGACUUAAAUCGGAUAUCUAAAGCAUUAUCAAUGGUUGGCGACAAUGGAAUAUGCCGUUGUAAAUGUCCACUAGACACUAUCACGACUGUUGGUACAACAACAGAAGUCUCACAUUUAACCAAAAUACCAAUUGAUCAAAGAAUAUUCACACUAGGAAAUGUAAAUGAACAUGCACCUGCUACAGGUGAAAAAACGAAACAAUCAAAAAAAAUUAUAUUUUCUAAGUACACACCUCAAAGUGUAACCAAUCAAUUAGGUAGUGUUUCCGAUUACGAAAUCAUUACUACAACUUCGAACGAAGAAAAUGAAUUCUCUACUACGUUAUCAUCGACACUUGGAGGUACCACUAUCCAGGAAGACACCGAUAGAACGGUCGAUACAAAAGGAGAUCUAUCACCGGAAAUGUCCAUUGCGGUAACUAAUAUAGUUAAUCGUGAAGAUAAUACUCAAACAACUGUUGGACCACAAAUAAUAUAUUUUACCGGUAUUAUACCCAACGAUAAUGAAAAUAUACAAACACAUAUUACUUCCGAUACGUCAACCAGUUCAACAGAUAUUAUGGAUCCAAACGAAAGUAUUGGAACAACAGAAUUAAAUAACGACAGAAUAACUACUACACAUGAGAACAAUUCAAAUAAAGACGUUUUUUUAAACUUUACAGCUGAAAAUGAAAACAUUUCUGAGACAACUACAGAAAUAUUGGGACAUGAAAAUAAUCAUAGCAAUACUGUAAAUAUAACAAAAAAAAAUUCGGAAUCGACUACGGAUAUAUCAUCAAAACUUGACAACAGAUAUGACAUCACUUAUAUUACAGAAGAAUCUUCGGAAUCGACAUCAGAAAAUGAAAACAUUUCAGGAUCGACUACAGAAAUAUCAGAACUUGACAUAAAUCAUAGCAAAACAUAUUAUGUUACAGAAAAAACUCUACAAUCGACAUCUGAAAAUGAAAAUACUUCAAGAUCGACUACAGAAAUAUCAGAACUUGACAAAAAUUAUUCAGAAACAUAUGUUACAGAAAAAACUUCAGAAUUCACAUUCAAAAUUACAGAAACAUCAAAACCCGACGACAAUAAUUAUAGUAACACUGAUGUUACAGACAGAACAGUUGAUUUGAUUGAAAAUAAUAAAAAUAGGAAUGACACAGUUGUAAAUGAAAGAACUUCAUCGGAAAACCGCGGUGAAAAACAUUACGAUAAACCCAAAGACGCACAAAACACUAAUCAUUCGAAAACUAUAAUAAGUAACACUAACACAGAAAACGUAAACCACUCAAUGCUGAAUAACAAAGACGACGACGACAAAAGUACCCUACAGCAGCCUGAAGUGAUACAACAACUGAAAGUACAACCGAAAACGUAUCCAAUAUGCUUUUACCCGGCACCGUGUUCACCGAACAUAGUGAAUUAUCAACAAAUUAAUGAGCUGCAAGACGCGAGUACAAAUACCAUACAGUAUACGGCACAGUCGCUGAGCGCUUAUAAAAGAAAACCACCAGUCGCCACAGUAAUUCAAAACGAUUACCCGGUGUUGUUAAUUUGUCGAACGGACGUGGAUUGCUCGGUUGCCGAUUUCGCGGGACAACCGAACAGGUUGCACUGUAUGUAUUCUGUGAACGUAAACAAAAACAAUGAAAAUACUUCGAACCAAACGAUAAAAAACUACUAUAACAGCACGAAAAACGCAGCCGCGGUGACGAGCGCCAAGAGCGCUGCAAGAAACAACGGCGACAUUUUAACGGGUAAUCUCGAUUGUCCGUCGAAUACGUUUCCGUGUGUGGACAACUCCGGGUGUGUGGACACCGAAAACUGGUGCGACGGCCGAAUUCAUUGCAAUGACGCGAGUGAUGAAAGCCAGUGUAAUUGCAAACAACGAAUAGACAAAGACAAAUUGUGUGACGGAUAUUACGACUGUCCGAGUGGAGAAGACGAAUUGGGUUGUUUCGGUUGUAAUAACGAAACGUUUAGUUGUGGCGAUUGGGAUAUUAUUUUACAGCGUUCCAGCUGUUUCGAAAGACGAAAUCGUUGUGAUUAUAUAAAAAAUUGUCCUAACGGCCGCGAUGAAGACGAAUGCACUUUGUUAUCUAGACACCUCGAAAAUCCGAAUCAAAUAUUUUUCAUUUCAUACUCGUCCGGUUAUCUGCACCAUAAUUGGAAAGGAAAUUGGUACCCAAUGUGUGGUAACGAUCAAAUUCACACGUGGGCGGAAAAAGCGUGUACGGUUGAGUCUGGAGAAAUGUCAAAGCCAAAUAAAGUAGAGUAUACGAAUGAGCUGACUACUUAUAACGGUCCAUAUAUUACUAUCGAUGGAAAUAAUCAAAUUAUACUAUUAAACGAAUGCAAGCACCAAGGGAUCUUUGUCGAAUGUGAACCAGAAAUGUGUGGCAUACGUUCCGAUCUUAAAUUCAACAAAAAUAUUGAUCCUGAUAGACUGAGAAGAAGUCCUUAUUUAGAACCCUGGAGUAACAUCACCUCGCGCUUUACGAGGUCGAAAGACCCUAGAGUAGUUGGAGGCAUUGCCAGCAACCCUGGCGCGUGGCCGUGGCUCAUUGCACUUUACCAGGAUGGCAUAUUCCAUUGUGGCGGUGUUAUAUUAAGUGAUCAAUGGGUGUUGACCGCAGCGCACUGCGUUAAUCAGUAUAAGAAACAUUUUUAUGAAGUGCAAGCAGGAAUUUUGCGAAGAUUUUCAUUUUCGCCCAUGGAACAAUCGAGAAUAGUAACGCACGCAAUAAUCCACACUCAGUAUAGUAGAUCGACGAUGGAAAACGAUUUGGCCGUGUUAAGAUUGGAUCGCAGUCUGGAAUUUAACCGUUGGAUUCGCCCAGUGUGUUUGCCCGAUAAUAAAUUGAGCUGGAUUCCAUUUCCGGGAACAAUGUGUACAGCUGUUGGUUGGGGAGCUACGGUUGAACACGGACCAGACCCCGACAACAUGCGAGAGGUAGAAGUACCGAUUCUUGCCGAGUGCACGCAUAAAUCUGAUAUAGAUGGUAAAGAAAUUUGUGCCGGGUAUUUGAGUGGUGGCCACGAUACUUGCCAAGGAGAUAGUGGAGGUCCACUGCUUUGCAGAGAACCUAACAAUCUGAAUAAAUGGUAUGUGGCUGGCAUAGUUAGCCACGGCGAAGGAUGCGCGAGACCUAUGGAACCCGGAGUAUACACUAGAGUCGCGUUAUAUAUGGAUUGGAUUUUCAAAGCUACUGAAGAAAACAAUUUGCCACAAGACCGUCCACUACAAUAUUGUCCAGGAAUCCGAUGCAAAACCGGAAAACAAUGUAUUCCGACCAAACGUCAAUGUGACAAAUAUGUGGACUGUAUGAACGCGGAAGACGAACAAAAUUGUGAUUACACCGGUUCUCAGUAUCAAGUGAAUUUAUAUCGGUCGAGAAACACUGAUCAUAGCAAUUUAAAGUACAGUAAAUUAAAAAGUGCUGGACAGCCACUGCGAGAUGUUAAUGUGAAUUUCACCACUCCAAAACUGACGCCGACAACGGUAGCGUCUGUAAGAACAAACAUAACACCAUUAUCAAAAUAUGAUAUCAACGCUAAUCUCCGGGACAGAGACGUCGUUAAAGUCGAAACUAAAACGACCGAAGCGGUUGUCCAAGAAAAAAACAAUAGUAAUAAUAUUACUAGACUAAAUGAUACGGUUAUCAAUGCCUUGAGUCAACUUUUCGACAACCAGUUUACAGAAAAAAUGUUCAGCUGUAAAAGAAUAACUCAAGUGGUGGUGUAUAACCACCGUUGUGAUGGCACGGUGGACUGCGAGGAUGGUACGGACGAAGAGUCUUGCAAUUGCAAAACGAGACUGGCGAACAUGUACAAUUCGUCUGCCAUCUGUGACGGGAUCAUGGACUGUCACAACGGCGCGGACGAGGCCGAUUGCUUUACGUCCAAGUGCAAAGCUGACGAGACCUCUUGCGGCUGGCCGAUAAAAUGCGUCAAAAAAAGCGCGUGGUGCGACGGGCACGUGAACUGCAUCGACGGCAGUGAUGAGAAAUACUGCGUGGCGAUCACGAACGGCACUACAGCUGUGACGUCGGACGCGACCGGACGGCCGACGUUACGUCAAUCUGGCAUGGUGGCCGUUAACCGCAACGGUGUCUGGAGGGUGAGGUGCAUAAACGAUGAUCCAGUUGUUAAGAUCGCACACGACACUUGUUCCAGCCUAGGUUACUCUCACUCGGAACACUAUGCCAAGAGAAUGUCGUGGAACAGUCCUCUGCCUUUGAAAACAAACAAAUUGAAGAUCAGCGACGUGUGCGAAGGGCUUUUCGUGAUAUGCGGUGGCAGGAAGACGGUAGACGAGAAACGGUACCAUUGGCAUGCUGACAUCUUAGUGAACGGUACGCUCGUUCAAUCCGGAGUGCUACUGAAGGACUCGUGGGUGCUUGUCAAAAGAACCGGUUUAAAUUUAAACAAAUCGUACGCGACGGCAGUGUUGGGUGGCAGCACGUACUCGAUCAUCUGGAUCAAGUCACCGUACGAACAGAUCGUCCGAGUCGAUGGGAUCAGAGAAGUUCCCGGUGAAGAUUAUGAUUUGCUUCAUUUGGCUAGUCCAGCAACCGUGAGCAGAGGCGUGGCCCCAUUAGAAGUUCUGCCGUUCCAGCCAUCGCCUUGGCUGAAUGGUACUUGCUACGCGAUCGGCUACACGAACGGCCAGCAUAACAAUAAAACCGAAGUUGCUUUCCUUCGACCAGAUGCCGGACAUUGCGACGACCCUAACGAGUUGUGCUUUACUGUGUCACAAAUACCCCGAUCAUGUUCAAAUGGAAAAAAUAUGUCUCGCGUAACUGCGGUCAUCUGUGAAUCAAAUUUCGGUUUGUUUCUGGCCGCACCGUCGAUCCAGCCCGACAUGAACCUAUGCGAUCGUAACGUGCGAAUCCGACUACCCAUGGCUGAAUGUCUGAUGAACAAAAUUGCGGAAAUCAUUGAUGAAAGCGUGAAAACGACAACCGUUCCCUUUUGUAGCGGCAAACGCUGUGAGCUCGGCGAGUGCGUUCCGUGGGAAAGAGUGUGCGACGGAGUACCGGAUUGUCGUGACGAACAAGACGAAACGAUUAAAAUGUGCCAAGAGCGAACCGAGAAAUGCAAAACCAACGACACUCUGUGCAUCUGCGACGUGGGUAGUUUUCGUUGCGCCAACGGAAAAUGUGUGGAGAAAACUGCAUUUUGCGACGGACUCAACAACUGCGGCGACGGAACCGAUGAACCAAAGACAUGUGAGAAAAACACGUGCGUGGACUAUCUAAAGCUCACGGCCCCGGAAAGAUUAUGUGACGGACGUUGGGAUUGUUUGGACAAGACGGACGAAGAGUUCGCGAACUGUCCCGGUUACUGCAACAGAACGAACGUUUAUCACUGUCAAUCAUCGAACAAAUGCAUAUCUACGGAACUCGUGUGCGACGGCGAAGAAGAUUGUCCCGAAUCCGACGACGAAGCCGAAUGCAUUGGCUUAAUCACUCCAGCUGGAAAAAAAAACGAAGGCGUGUUAGCGGUAAGGUCGUACGGGCACUGGCACGAGCAGUGCAUAACCGAUGACUACACAGACGUCGAUUAUCAUUCGCUGUGCAGAGCACUGGGAUUCAGGCAUGCGGUGGGCAUAAAAAAAGCAGUCGGCACUAGUGUGGACUUCGAGAACUUCAUGGUCGUCCAGCUGAACGCAGGCACGGACGUCAUCAUCCGGUCGGCGACUAAAGACAUCUUGCAGUGGCGGACUGACCCUGCGUGCACCGCCACGUACGUGAUGUGUUCGAGCACGUAGCUCAGCCCUCAGCUACGACGAUAAAAACUAUUUAAUUACGAUAUUAUUUAUUAUAACCCAAAAUAAAUAUAUUAUAUUAUAUAAAAUUAUUUAGGUACUGUUGUAUGUACGCACAUAUAUAUAUAUUACAAUAUUACAUAGGUUUUAUAUUGGGUACCUAUACCUAUAUAUUAUAUACAGGACACAGGUACUAGGAAUAGGUAAUAGGAAUUCUAAAUGUAUAGAUCAUAAUAUAAGAUCAUCAUAAAUGUUUUAAUGUUUGAAGUUGAACAAACAAAUGUGCUGCACAAAGAGUGCAAAUAUAAUAUUUAUUUUUAUAAUAUAUAUUGUGUUAACUGACCAGAAAUAUAAAAUAGCGUGUUUUAC